CUCCUCAGUUCCCUCCGCGCCACCACUCUGGUGUUUCCGCCCAGCUCCUUUGUGCCGCGCAGAACGCAGAGUUGGCGCAUGCGCAGAGAAACCCAGCCGCCGCAUAUAUAAGCCGGAACCCAGGCUCUUCCUCGUAGUGCCGCUGGGACCGUUGGCGUGCUGAGGCCCCACUGCUUUUGUAUUACUCGACUCCUGGGCGCUGCGAGCAGAACGAGCGGAGCUCGCGGGCCGGCCAUCAUGUCGCGUUACGGGCGGUAUGGAGGAGAAACCAAGGUGUAUGUUGGUAACCUGGGAACUGGUGCUGGCAAAGGAGAGUUAGAAAGGGCUUUCAGUUAUUAUGGUCCCUUAAGAACUGUGUGGAUUGCAAGAAAUCCUCCAGGAUUUGCCUUUGUGGAAUUUGAAGACCCUAGAGAUGCAGAAGAUGCGGUGCGAGGCUUGGAUGGCAAGGUGAUUUGUGGUUCCCGAGUGAGGGUUGAAUUAUCAACAGGCAUGCCCCGGAGAUCUCGUUUUGAUAGACCACCUGCCCGACGUCCCUUUGAUCCCAAUGAUAGAUGCUAUGAAUGUGGCGAAAAGGGACAUUAUGCUUAUGAUUGUCAUCGCUAUAGUCGACGAAGAAGAAGCAGGUCACGGUCUAGAUCACAUUCGAGAUCGAGAGGUAGGCGAUACUCUCGCUCACGAAGCAGGAGCAGGGGAAGGAGAUCAAGAUCAGCAUCUCCUCGACGAUCAAGAUCUGUGUCUCUUCGAAGAUCACGAUCAGCUUCACUCAGACGGUCUAGGUCUGGUUCUAUAAAAGGAUCGAGGUCACGGUCGAGGUCAAGAUCAAGAUCCAGGUCUCUUUCACGACCAAGAAGCAGCCGAUCAAAGUCCAGAUCUCCAUCUCCAAAAAGAAGUCGUUCCCCAUCAGGAAGUCCACGAAGAAGUGCAAGUCCUGAAAGAGUGGACUGAAGUUCUCAAGUUCACCUUUUAGGGAAAAGUUAUUUUGUUUACAUUAUUAUAAGGGAUUUGUGAUGUUUGUAAAAUGUAACCUAGGAAGGGUAUUUCAACCAUCUAAACACAAUCUGGAUUAUUACUCUGUAAAUUCACAGCAGUAAGAUAAUAUAAAUUUUUGUUGAAUGUAUUAACAUCUUAUGGUUUGAAAAUGUGGGUUUUUAUUUGGCACAUUUAAAUAAAAUGUUUCUAACUAGAUUUUUGAUCUGUGUUCAAUAUUAAUACUCACUUGGUAAGUUUCAGUCGUCAACCUUGAUAUCAACCAUAUUCGUAUAGACCUACAUUCAAAGUUGAAUGGUGUUAAGUCUUCAACAUCAUUAACUGUAGUAUACAUACACUUGGAAAAUUCCCUUUUACCUUUAGAGCUUUGGGUAAGAACUCAAGUCCUUCUUAAUAGCAUGAAUGCAUUAUGACAAGCCCCUGAAUCAGUUGGAGUUGGUGUUAUAUAUUAUUAGGCUAAUGAUUUGGUCUGUCAAGGUAGGAGAACCACUGAUUUGCCUAUAAAUAAGAAUGACAAGAACCAGAACAGCUUAGUCAAGUAAAUGAUAUAAGAAGUAAUUGGACUCAGUGCUCGAGAAACAGGAUUAUUUUCCGAACGCUAUUUAAGUAGUGACUGAAGUCUUCAGGUUAUUAGAUGGGAUGGUAUCAAAUAGAACUCCCAUUUUAGGAUGUUUUCGGUGUUAGUUUUCAACAACCAGUUUUGCUACCAACAUUUUUGCAUGUUUAAGGAAUUGUCUAAAUUUGGGACAAAACAUCAUGUAAACCAGCUUUGCAAAAUUUUCCAGCCCAGACACGAUCCCUUCGAAUGGAUUGCCUUAUUCUGAGCAGAUAUCUGUUAAUUCCCAAGCUAGACUUUUAGUUUUCAACCACCAACAUCCUAUAUCUUAUUUUGCCAGGCUGGUGCAAAGUAAUACAAGAUGUCAAUCAGAAAUGUUAAUGAGAUGCAGCUUUGUAAAUCGCACCUAUAUUUAGCAAUAUCUUAUGUAGUUUGUUUUUUGGUAGCCAGUACAUUCUUUAGACUUUAAGUAUCUUUAGUAGAGCAGUAACAGUUAAUUUUGAGUUUCCUGGUCAAGCUUUUACCAGGUGUUCUGUAGCUGUGGUGCAAAAAAGAAUGUGAUGGAGCAAAAAGAAAGAUUAAUGCUGGUGGCGCAGGUAUCUUGUCCAUUUCCUUACACUUAACGAAGUUACUGAAUAGCAUUGCAAUUUGGGAAUACUGGUCUGCCUCGAUUUAGUCUGAUCACUAGUAUGUUGGAAGUUUGGAUGGAUACUUUUUUGGAAUUUUGAAAACUGGCUGAAUUAUGGUUGGUAUAAAACUGUAAUUGGCAGGUUUAUUGCAUUUGGUUAGCUUUAAUUGUUCUGUAUUAUAUAAAGAUAAAUUUACUCAACAAUAAAUCUGCAGAGAACAAACAAUCCUGAUACUCAAUUUUUGGAAGUGGGAGUUCUGAGCCAAGAGUAGGAAUCAUUUCUGUAGCUUUGGGGUGGAUUAAUUACUAGCAGUGUCCUCGAGAUGAAUAUGAAAAGGAGAGGUUGGGGCAAAAAUGGUUUUGAGAAACAAGCACAAAAAGUUCUAUCCUUACGAGAAAGGAAAACCUGGUUAUCUAGGCGAAUAACUGUUGACUAUAAUUUGGUACCCCUGUGUUUAGAAUACAUCUUAAAAUGACAAAAGUGUGUAGUGCACUUUUAUACUUUAAGCAGUUAGGACUGCUCAAAAGACUAUGUGACUGACUUGAAAAGUACUGGUUCAGACUCGAAAAUCAUUCUAAAUUACUAGCUAACAACAUAACAGAUAUACUUUGGACAUAGAAUCUUAUCUGGUCUUCUCAUUCAUGUAUAGAGAGGUAAGUAAUGCACUUCACAGUGGUAUUUUUCCCUUGGGCUUUGAACUAGGCAAAGUAGCAAGUGAAAGUGAUGCUACAUCUUGCAGUGUCUAUUGAGGACAGAAAAUUGGGGGGUCUUGAAAUGCCACCAAUUUGAGACUUCGUUAAAUGAAUGGUGGUGUAGGAUUGUGAUUGUCUUUGUGUAGUCUAUCUUGAAGUCUAAAGAAGCAUAAUGAUGUCCAAGAUACAUUAAACUAGUAGGAAUAGGAAGCUGACAAAUUGGCAAAGAGUUACCAGAAUGAAGGGUAAUAGCAAAGAAUUUAUUAGAUCUGGCUUAGUGAGCAACUGCUGCUUAGAGAUCUUUGGAACACAGGACUAUAUAACCUACAAGAUGUAUACAUAAUUGUAUAGCUGGAAAGAUGAAGCAGAGAAGGUCGAAGUUAUAAGAAAUAGUAGUGGCCUGGCCGGGCUUGGAGUGUUUGGAGUGUGGUGAGAACUGGUGACAAGCCAAAGAAAUGGGGCAAAGAUACCUAUGUAUUAAAGUUGUUAUAUUCAAAAUUAUUUUCAAUAAAGGGGGUAAAAGUACUGGUAAACAGUUUCAAAGCCUGGUAGUUCUUUUUCCCACACUUUAACAUGUUUAUUGUUACCAUUCUAGUAAAAAUAUCAAAGGACAUUGUCACUUAAUUCUCACAACAAAAUAGUACUGUUAACCCCAUCUCACAGAGGAUAUUGGUAACUUGGCUCAGAGUGAUUGGUAACUUAAUACUCUGUUAACCUAUUAGUAGGUAGGGAAAGUUUGAAUUCUACCUAUGGUUUUAAACCCCUUACUUUUUAAUAAAGUACCUUAC